AUGGCCGGGGACCGCGCGGCCCCCGCUCCCCCCGCCGCGCAGCCUGGGAGCCGGAGCGUGGAUUCCUGCAGUCCCCUCCGGAGCAGCGGGAGCAGCAGCGGGAGGGAGGAGGAGAUUCACCUCCUCCUAGUUUCACUGGAUCAUUGCUGGGCCGCCCCGCCCCGCCCCGCCCGCCCCUCGCGCGUUCCACUGCGGUGCGGGGCUGCGCGUGCGGGGAGAGCAGCCCGGCCGCCCCUGUGCCCCGCCAGGUGCCGAGCCCGCGGUCCGGGCGGCCGCAGGUGGCCCCGGGGAGCGGCGGGGAGGUGGCGCCGCCUCGCGCUGCGGAACGGGAAGGGAGGGACGAGGUGGGCAGGGAGAGGAGAGGAGAGGAGACGGCGGGGGGAGCGCGCUGCUGCCGCCGGGAGGGCGCGGGGGGGGCCGGGCUGUGCUGUGAAGCGGGGGCUGAGGCGGGGCGGCACCGCGGGUGUGUGGGGAGAUCCCCCGAGCGGGGAUGUAACCGCGGCCGGAACAUGGAGGAGCCCGCUGCGCCGUGUCGACAACAAGGAAAAUCCGGGCCCUGCUGAGGCGAGGCACAAAGUGGGGCCGUCGGCGUAUCAGGCGGAUGGCACCGCUAAGGCGGAUCCAGCCGCAGCAUCGCAGCGUUGCAAAGGUCUCGUGUAUCACCUGAUGAAUACCUUCUCAUGUGUAUCCUCUGCAUGGGGAAACUUCUUCACAGCUGCUAAGAACUACUGAAUAGAUGGCAGUGUUCUCUGAAGAGCUGAUUGUAAGACAGGAAUGCGUGCACAGACCUGAAUGAUUGUGAAUAACGAGACUAGAAGCAGAUACUAAGGAAAAUGCCUUUUUUUAAAGAAUUUGGAUUAUUUAUGUGGUUGGAUCAGCAGAUGGCAAAUAUGACUCAGUACAAACGUUACGUAAUUCUUGGGAAAAUAAAAUCUCAAGACUGUGCUCUAAUUGAAAAGAUCAUCCAGAAAGCUGUUGAAGAACAGUGUGGAGGAUCAGGAUAGAAACAACAGUGGAGCAGAUGCGUGCAGUAGCCAGAAAAUUCAGGAAGAUUUAUUGAACAUAGCAAGGUCCAAAACAUGGAAAAGGAAACCCAUCAGCCCACCACCCAGCCAAACUGCAAGUCCAAGCAGAGGAUUUGUAAACAGUUAUUUUACCGGUCUGAUAAAGAAAAAUGAAUUUAAGCAGCACUACUUAAUGGCAGGGUGAAGCACAAAUAAACUCUAAUGGCUACUGAAGCAAAGAAUUCAGCACAUUGAUUUCAUCUCUGGAUACAAACCCAUAAUGGUCUGUGGGUAGAAAAAAAAAGGUACUGAGACUGAACUGAAUCUAAAUCAUCAAACCUGUUAAAUCAGUUGGGUUUCUUUGUGUUUUUAGAUGUCUUUCCUUCUUUGUUUCUGGAAAUGCCAGGACAACACUGUGGACAGCAUUCAAAAUGCCACGUACCCGUAAAUACGUUCAAUAGACAUAAUAAUAUGUAGAAACAUAGCUUUCUGAUUUGUAGCAGUUAGAGAUGAGAGAGAUAAUUUGUAAAACAGCCAAGAAAUCUUUCAAAACAUUGUCUGAU